UUUUGGACCAAAAAAUAAAAUGUCUUCAAACGUUCCUAUUAAAACGGAGGAAGUGAUAUUGGAAAAUGUUGAAUAUCAAAGCACCGAAGAAUUGGAUGAAGAAUUACAAUUACAAUUGGAAGAUUCCGGAGGUGAAUCCUAUAUAAUACAGGGCGAACAAACAUAUGAACAUCAUUCGCCAUCAUCGAAGCAAUCAUCGGCAUCACGUCAACGUCACAACAGCAGCGGCAACAAUAUGUCAUCUCAAGGCGGUACAAAAUUGGCAUGCGGCACCCUGCCACCCCCACCAUCGGUCAAUAAGACAACAUUAGAGAAUGAGAAGAGAAUGCGUCGUGAAAUUGCCAACAGCAAUGAACGAAGGCGUAUGCAGAGUAUCAAUGCCGGUUUUCAAAAUUUACGUUCACUGCUGCCACGACAUGAGGGCGAAAAAUUGAGUAAGGCCGCUAUCCUACAACAAACUUCCCAAUAUAUUUGCGAAUUGGAAAAUCAAAAAACACAAUUAUUGGCACAAAAUAGCCAACUGAAACGACAGUUGGGACAACAUGAAGCAACAGGUGGUGGCGGCGGGGGUGGUAACAAUACCGGCAGUCAGGACAAUACAACAACCACCGCAGAGAAUAACUCCAAUAUUGCCAUUAAGAAACGUAAACUAACCGAUAAUGUUGCAAAUGUGGCACAAACAAUAAGCGAUUCAUCCGACGAGGGUUUGGGUUCAAUGUCACCCGAACCAAUGACACUAUUAAAUGCUGCUGCCGCUGGUGGUGGCAGCAGUGCAGCUGUUGCAGCUGCUGCUAAUGCCGCCGCCAAUGCUGCCAAUACAAAAGCUCAAAUCCUUUUGGCUCAAAAUAUCAAAGAGUUGACGGAAUUGAAGGAUCAGCUAUUUAAGGAACGACGUCUGCGUACAAUGUUGGAGGAGGAGCUACAAAUGAUUAAGCGACAGCUAUAUUCAGUGGCAACAGCGCCGCAACCCACGGCCGUUGUUGAGGCCGACGAGACAGACGGUACCGCCACCACCACCCACACCUACAUUCCCCGCGAAGUUAUUGAACACACUGGUAAUUUGUUGCGCGGUGAUGACUGUGAAGAAUUUUCAUAUGUAGAAAUCGAUGAGCUGACGGGUCAACAACAAGUUGUUGUCUGCUCCAGCAUUGAGGAGUUGGAUAGCGAAACAGCUGCCGCCGAAAUCAUAACCGAGGAUCAUGUCCACGAAGAGGUGGUGUUGUCAUCAUCAUCCACCGAAUCGGAGCAAGAAGUUGCUGUCAAUGCCAUAGCCAAAGUUUAUGCCGAAGGUAAUACACCAACUCCCGCCAUGUUACAGCCAAUUUUACAGGCCGCCAUUAAAGCAACACCCAAAGUGGAGGUGGAACGUAUAUCGGAUGCUGCUUUGAAAAAGGUGAAGACGGAAAAAAUCGAACAGACCAGCGGUUUGACACGUUCACGGCAAAAUCUCGAGACAAUUGUGGAGCAAUACGCCAUUUGGAAGGCGAUCACCUCUUCACCGACAGCAAUGGUGAACAGCACAAAGUUGUGGUACAAACACAGUCCGUGCGAGGAGCAGCCGGACAAGAAGUUCCUUUGGCGUUGACAACCAAACAGCAUGUUGUGGCCCAGCGUAAAACCUUGGCCGAGCUGAGACCGUUUCUACAACUGAAGGGCGGUAGUAAGAUUUUGACGAUUGGUGGUGCUG